AUGAGCAGCAAAACCAAAUCGCGAUGGGCCAACGAUGAAGAAGACGAAGCUUUAGAAGUUCAGCGUAAGAAAGAAAAGGAAGAAAAGAAACGACUGAAAGCAGAAAAGCAGCGCAAGGCUGAAGAAGCAGCAGCGGCGCAAAUCGCAGCACAGCAAUCGCAAGCUGCAAACACCGAACAUGAACUCUCCUCACGACCAGCGAAACGACGGAAACUCACACCUCCGCCUCCAGAAUCUGCAGUGGAAUUACCACCUGCGAAACUCCUGCGAUUUCCAGCGCCAGCGUGGAAGAAAUGCCGGUCUGUGGAGGAUUACGAGAAGCUGAAUGAUAUAGAAGAGGGUGCUUAUGGCUGGGUUUCGCGGGCGAGGGAUACGACUACGGGGAAGAUUGUUGCGUUGAAGAGAUUGAAGAUGGACAAUGUGCAUGAUGGGGUUCCAGUUACUGGGUUGAGGGAAGUACAGACGCUGAUGGAUUGUGAUCAUCCUAAUAUCGUUGGUCUGAGAGAGGUGGUCGUUGGGGAGGAUACAAGUAAGAUUGAGAACAUCUUCCUCGUCCUCGACUUCCUCGAACACGACCUAAAAUCCCUCCUCGAAGACAUGCCCGAACCCUUCCUAACUUCCGAAACCAAAACGCUCCUCCACCAACUAACUUCCGGCGUCCUCUACUUGCACACAAACUGGAUAAUGCACCGCGAUCUCAAAACCUCCAACCUCCUCCUCAACAACCGGGGCGUUCUAAAAAUCGCGGACUUCGGAAUGGCACGCUACUACAGCGACCCACCCCCCAAACUCACCCAACUAGUAGUAACCCUCUGGUACCGCGCCCCAGAACUAUUGCUAGGCGCCGAACGGUACGGGACAGCCGUCGAUAUGUGGAGUAUAGGCUGUAUAUUCGGCGAACUACUCACGCGCGAACCGCUCUUGCAGGGCAAAAACGAAGUCGACGAACUCUCCAAGAUCUUCGAACUCUGCGGUAUCCCCACCGAAACCACAUGGCCCUCCUUCCGCCGCCUCCCUAACGCGCGCUCUUUGCGCCUCCCCCAAAACCCAAUCGCUCAAGGCUCCGUUCUACGCUCUAAAUUCCCCUUCCUGACAAACGCAGGAAGCAAUCUACUCACCUCCCUCCUCUCUCUAAACCCCGCUCAUAGGCCCAGCGCGCAAGAAGUCCUAGAUCAUCCGUUCUUUAAAGAGGAUCCAAGAAUGAAGGACCGCGAGAUGUUCCCUACGUUUCCAUCGAAAGCGGGGCUGGAGAAGAGGAGGAGAAAGGGCACACCGAAUGCUCCUGGGAGGGGGAAGGUGGGUGGUUUUAACGAGGUGGAUUUUAGUGGGAUCUUUGGGGGUGAUAGGGAGGUUGAGGAGAGGGGUGGCGGGUUUGCUUUGAAGUUAAUUUAG